AUGGCCGCAGAGGGAGAGGAAGAGGCCCGGCGUUUGCGCAUCGAUGCGGCUGUCGCUCGCUGCGAGGCGCCCAUUCACCCAGAUUUCCUGAUACCAAAGACCCAGGAGGCAACUGCGACUGCAGAGGGCACCUCAGAGCCUCCAGCGAAGAAGCAGAAGAAAGACCGUGGCAUGAACAAGAGCAAGGAGCGGCGAGAGAAUGUCGCUGCCAUGAAGAAGGUUUCUGCUCAGCAGCUUUGCCCCCGGCUGGCGUACCUCAACGAGUGCGACGGCACGAUGGGGGAGCCUAGGUGUUCCCAGAACCAUGAUUUGGAUGCCUUCAAUGCCUGCAAGCUCCCGGAGAUCUCGUCGGAUUGCCCCGUCUUCAAGGCUCUUGGGAUGUGCCCUGCCGGUCUGAACUGCCGCUUCGCCAGUGGGCAUAUCGUGGAUGGCAAGAACGUGGACAAGGACGGAAAAGCGCUGUCGAAAGGCUGCGAGUGGCAUCAGAAGAUUCCGCACAUUGGGAUCGUGCCUGGAGAGCUGAAUAUCUUCAAUGAAGAGAUCCGAAAUUCCCUUCGCAAGAAGAACUACGACUUCAGCCGGGCUGUAGACAUGGCGAAAGCCUGGCAUCGCUGGCACUCGCAGCGCCCGAAGGAUGCUGCAGACACUGACGAGGCCUACACGGCUUCCACUGAUGCGGCACGUUUCGUGGGCCCUGUCGUGGAGGCUGAGCGGAAGCGCGUCGAUCUGGCAGGGAAGAGCUAUCUGGCACCGCUGACAACCGUAGGCAACCUGCCCUUCCGCCGCCUUUGCGUCAAUCUCGGAUGCGACGUGACAGUGGGAGAGAUGGCGCUGGCCUAUUCCGUCGUGGACGGUUAUCAGAGUGAGUUGGCACUUCUCAGACGGCACGAGUCAGAGAAGUGCUUCGGAGUGCAGGUGGCCGGGGGCGAUGUGGAGAUGAUGACCAAGUGUGCGCAGUUCAUCGAUGAGAACGUUGACUGCGACUUCGUGGACAUCAACUGCGGCUGUCCGUUGGACGAGGUGCAUCGCCGCGGCGCCGGCUCCCGGCUGAUGGCCAAGGCAGCCCACUUGGAGGGCAUCGUGCGCUGUAUGUCGGGCGUCUUGAAGACCAAAGCUCUGACCUUGAAGAUGCGAACUGCGCAUAUGGAGGACAACAAGAACAAGGACUUCAAUGGACGGUACGCCCACAACCUUGUUCCGAAGUUGGAGAGCUGGGGUGUGAGCGCGCUCGUCCUCCACGGACGAACAGCUCGGCAGAGGUACACGAAGUUGGCCGACUGGGACUACAUCCGGGAGUGCGGUGGGCGGAGGAAGAACCCGACCCCUUUCAUCGGCUGUGGUGAUGCCAUGAACUGGGAGGAGGUUGAGCAGCACUGCCAGACACAUGGGGUCGAUUCAGUCAUGGUGGGCCGUGGGGCCUUGAUCAAACCUUGGCUCUUCACUGAGAUCAAAGAGAGGAGACAUUGGGACAUCUCUGCCUCGGAGCGGCUCGACUUGGUCCGCAACUUCACGAACUACGGUCUGGAGCACUGGGGGUCCGACGCCCGCGGCGUGGAAACCACACGGCGCUUUCUGUUGGAAUGGCUGUCCUUCACCUGCCGCUAUGUCCCCAUCGGCCUCCUCGAGGUGCAGCAAGCGAAGAUCAACUGGCGACCCCGACCCUACGUCGGACGGAGUGACCUCGAGACGAAGAUGGCCUCCACGAACUCCAAGGACUGGGUCGAGAUCACAGAGAUGAUGUUGGGCAAGGUCCCUGACGGCUUUUCUUUCGUGCCCAAGCACAAGUCCAACGCCUACCAGCCCGAAGGCGGCGCACCGACGGACACCGCUAAGGCAGAGGAUGACGGCGCUGCCGGCUGA